CUCUUCCCCCACCCUGCCAACUGAUUACACUCGCCUGACUGACGUCUGUUGUUCUUCGUUGUUGGCCCUACCCUUCCCUGUCAAUGCCCACACCCCCUCCCCAGAGUGGGGCCAGGCCAGGCCAGCUCCUCUGGCAGCAUAGCUGGGGCAGGUGACAGGCUGGCAUCACAGCUGAAGGAGUGAGGAGGCGCCUGGGAACCGGAGCUGGAAACCUGGGAGAGGUCCAGUCAGAGCCCAAGAGCCCGAGCUACUUCUCAACCUGUCAGCCAUGGGGGAGAUGGAGCAGCUACGGCAGGAAGCUGAACAGCUCAAGAAGCAGAUUGCAGAUUCCAGGAAAGCCUGUACUGACACUACUCUGGCAGAGCUUGUGUCUGGCCUAGAAGUCGUGGGACGAGUCCAGAUGCGGACGAGGCGGACAUUAAGGGGGCACCUGGCCAAGAUUUAUGCCAUGCACUGGGCCACUGACUCCAAGUUGCUAGUAAGUGCUUCGCAAGACGGAAAGCUGAUCGUGUGGGACACCUAUACCACCAAUAAGGUACAUGCCAUUCCUCUGCGCUCCUCCUGGGUCAUGACCUGUGCCUAUGCCCCAUCAGGGAACUUUGUGGCAUGUGGGGGGCUGGACAACAUGUGCUCCAUCUACAGCCUCAAAUCCCGUGAGGGGAAUGUCAAGGUCAGCAGGGAACUCUCUGCUCAUACAGGUUAUCUCUCCUGCUGCCGCUUUCUGGACGACAACAACAUUGUGACCAGUUCAGGGGACACCACGUGUGCUCUGUGGGAUAUCGAGACUGGGCAGCAGAAGACUGUGUUUAUGGGACACACAGGGGACUGCAUGAGCCUGUCUGUGUCUCCCGACUUCAAACUCUUCAUUUCGGGCGCCUGUGAUGCCAGCGCCAAGCUCUGGGACGUGCGGGAGGGGACUUGCCGGCAGACGUUCACUGGCCAUGAGUCAGACAUCAACGCUAUCUGUUUCUUCCCAAGUGGAGAGGCCAUCUGCACAGGCUCAGACGAUGCCUCCUGCCGCCUGUUUGACCUGCGGGCAGAUCAGGAGCUGACCGCCUACACCCAUGAGAGCAUCAUCUGCGGCAUCACAUCCGUGGCCUUCUCCCUCAGUGGCCGCCUGCUCUUCGCAGGCUAUGACGACUUCAACUGCAAUGUCUGGGACUCCAUGAAGGGCGAGCGUGUUGGAAUCCUCUCUGGCCACGACAACAGGGUCAGCUGCCUGGGGGUUACAGCUGAUGGGAUGGCGGUGGCCACUGGUUCCUGGGACAGCUUCCUCAAAAUCUGGAACUGAGGAGGCUGGAGGAGGGGAGGUAAAAGGCCAUGAAGACAUUCAGCUGCCCAAUUUCUUUAAGGUUCCUUUAAGGCUUUCUCUUCUAUACCCCAGGUGCCAUUCCCACUAAGCGCUCUCUUUUGAGGACAGUGGGGAACACAGGGAGUGUGCCUUUGGGAGGCAGCAUCAGGGAUGGGCAGAGAACUACCCCAUCUCCUCCCAGGGCCUCCCCACUCCAUGGUCCUGACAGUUUCUCCUUUAAUGAGCAAGGACAACGGACCCUCCCCAACCUUUGGUAGCCCAUUAGGCUUUCGGUAUGAGGCUCCAGGCCCUAGGAUUCCUCCUCCAGAGCUACUACCUUCAUCCAGACCUGUGUGGCACAGGGUGCUCGGCCUCGUGACUAUGGCUCUGGCACCACCAGGGUCCUGGCCCCCUUCUCCUUCAUGCUUUCUCUUUUUUCUACCGUCUUUUUUGCUCUCCAAAGCACCUGCAAUAAAGUAUAGCACCCUGGUA